UGCGGGUCGAGUCGAAACUGAUGAGGGAUAUCAUGAGAGCAGGCGGCUCGGAUCAUAUUGUCAAGCUCUACAAGUCCGCAUAUUCAGAAGGGGGGAGUGGUACUUCCAAGGCGCGAGAUCCCUGGCCAUUCACAAGCGGCGGCAAAUACAGAAAAAAAUACCAGGUGAGCCGGCUAUUUAUGGAGUACUGCGAGAAUGGAAACUUGGCUUCAGAAAUCGCAGAGGUUGUUAGGAAUGGCUAUGACCUGCCAGAGGAAUAUAUUUGGAGGGCAUUCGAAUGUCUUGCGAGCGCCUUGGUGUUCCUUGAUCACGGGAACGAAGAGACGGAUGACGAUGCGGAGACUUGGGAUAGCCCCAUUUCCCAUUUUGAUAUCAAACCAGGUAACAUACUAAUCGGAACACAUGACGAGAAUCAUCCAAGGCUCCCUGUUCUCAAGCUGUCAGAUUUUGGGCUCGGUUUACCCGUUCCUUCUCAAGUGAGGAAUGCGGAAAAAUGGCAGACUUGGAACAGAAAGCGAAAGAGGAUCUGGAUGGAGGAUGCACAAUGGCGAGCUACCCCGGGUUAUAUCCCCCCUGUAAGUCGCCAGGAAGCCCUUGACUUCCAUCCAUAUUGACAAUUUAUAUCAGGAACAAUUGUAUCAUGACUACAAGAAACGAAUUAUCGGACU